UGAUCCAUUUGAACUGUUUCUAUUUGGCAUCAACUAUUUCCAUCCAUCAUCAGUCUAUUUCAUCCCUCGUCAGCCCUUCUCAUCCAUCGCCAAUUCUCUUCACCCAUAUUGCUGAAGAACUCCUCCUAUGAAGCGAGUUUAAGGUGGCGUAUGAUGACGUGUUACAACUAAAGAACGGUCCUCGCGCUGCGCAGCAAUUUCAGAAUCGAAGAUUCAAUAUUGGCCAACUAACCAUGGAUAAACGAUUGGGCAAGCGCCCUCUUCCCGAGGAUGAAUACUAUGACUCUGAACCUGACGAUUCCGACCGUCCCAAGAAACGGACGAGGGAAUCUUCUAGUGCUACACGCAGAAGUACUCGACAAGCCUCAAAUCACGCUUCCAUGCGAGACUCUGUGGAAAAUGACGUCGACAUGGAUGGCGUUGAUGAAACUAUUGAUGAUUCGCCUUCCGACGAAGAGUUUGAAGAUAGGAAAUCUUCCAAGUCUCGUCACUCGACCCGACUUUCUAUACUAAGGGUCACUCGCUCAAGGGAUCCUGCAUUGCAAGGCCAGCACAGACCGGAUGAUUCUGAGGAUGAAUUGGCUCAAGAUCACGAAUCUGACCAGGACGACGAAUAUGAAGACGUCAUCCCGGUUGUUCAUUCCGAUCUUGGCGGCACGGUGAGAACAUCAUCUCGUAAGAGGAGAAGACCGAGACCGUCGUAUGCACCUAGGAGAAAUGUUGAUAGCGGUUCGGAGAUCGAAUUUGAGACAGCGCGAAGGUCAAAGAGAUCGACCAAGGUUUCGAAGAGUAUGCGCGAUCCCGAGAUCGACGAUGAGUACGAAGCAGCCGAAGAUAAGAUCGCGUCUGCCCCUAAGAUUGCUGCAAUCAAAGAGGUUUUUGAAGAACAUGCAGAAAACUCAAAAUUUCAGCAAUUACAUCGCGGGGUGUGUGAUGGUUGUGGAUCGGUCGCAAGCCAUGCUAAGGGCUCCCUCAUCCCAUGCCAGGGAUGUUCUUAUUCGUUUCACAGGGGUUGCAUCGGUGUGAGAUCUCAGCGUGAGCAUAGAGUUACUAAGGUCGGCCCAAAUAACUUCGUGUUGCAAUGCCGCUUCUGCAUUGAGCUACCCAAAAAGAAGGAUAAACGUGCCCCGAGCUCCUCGGCUUGCCAGUAUUGCAGACUUGCCGGUGACUCAUGUGCGGAAUUUUCGGCAAAGAGAACUCCAAAGCAGGAGGAGAAAGCUAGACUUGACAAUGGGGGAGUCGACCCAGUCACAUUUGUUCAGCCUAACCUCGUCAACAACCCUGACAAUGUGCUUUUCCGCUGCUUCACGUGCAGACGUGCCUAUCAUUUUCGUCAUCUACCUCAACUAACCGAGGACCCCAACGAGGAUCGUCUUGAGAAGUACUCACUGGCUGGAUGGAAGUGCAGGGACUGCCUGAGCAUCGACUACCGGAUUCACGCGUUAGUUGCAUGGCGACCUAACGAUCAGGAUGCCUAUGUCGAGGGUCAGCGGGCCGACGAAUUUACGGAGGAUGAGCUAGAAUACUUGGUGAAGUGGGAAGGGAGAUCUCACAUUCACAAUACUUGGAUGCCCGGAGCCUGGGUUCAUGGCAUAGCCGCGCCUGCUAUGCGUGCUGCAUUUCAUAAACGCGAGGAGAACGAAUUCCCUAAGAUGACUACUGAGUCUGCAGUGAGAGAGGAAUGGGUUUUGAUCGACGUUAUCCUCAAUGUGAGAUAUAAACGCGGUUCUACUGCUUCCUCAAGAGAAGAAGACCUAAAUCGUAUCUCCGAUAUCCAGACCAUAUUUGUGAAGUUUCAGGGCCUUAGUUACGAAGAAGCCGUUUGGGACGAGCCUCCUCCUCGUGGUUCGUCAACCCUCUGGGCAGCGUUCACAGCUGCAUACGAUGAAUUUCUCAACGGCAAAUAUUUUCCCCCUGCGAGAGAUCGGGGAAUGCGCGAACGUAUCAGUAACUAUCGAUCGCUUGACUUCCAAACAUCUUGCGAGCUGAAAAGCCAACCUCCGGGUCUUAGAGAAGGUCGUACCUUGAUGCCGUAUCAAAUGGAGGGCGUUAAUUGGCUUCUUUACAACUUUCACCAGCAGCAGAACGUUAUCUUAGCCGACGAGAUGGGCCUUGGUAAGACGAUCCAAAUCGUCUCUUUUAUCAGCUCUCUUGUGCAGGACCAGCCCAAAUGCUGGCCGUUCCUGAUCGUCGUGCCGAAUGCGACUUGCCCAAAUUGGCGUCGCGAGCUCAAGGAUUGGUCCCCUGGCCUCCGAGUAGUAACUUAUCACGGUGGAAAGGUCUCUCAGGAUCUAGCUUAUAGACACGAACUCUUCCCUGAUGGGGUAAGAGACGGAAUGAAGGCACAUGUCGUGAUCAUGUCCUAUGAGGCGGCCAGUUCGGUGAAAACUACUUUUCAGACUGUAAAGUGGGCGGGCCUGAUAGUCGACGAGGGCCAAAGACUCAAAAACGAAGAGACUCAACUUUACAGAACCUUAACAGACAUGAAGAUUCCGUGCCGGAUCUUGCUAACUGGUACUCCGUUGCAAAAUAACAAGAAGGAAUUGUUCACUCUUCUUCAGUUUAUCGACUCCAAACACAACGCCGAGGAGCUUGACGUUCAGUAUAGCGAGUUGACGAAGGUCAAUUUACCAGAGCUUCACGAUCUUAUUCGCCCUUAUUUCCUGCGGCGCACUAAAGCUCAGGUGCUCAAGUUCCUACCGCCGAUGGCUCGAGUUAUCGUUCCUGUUACCAUGACGGUGCUUCAGGAAAAGCUGUCCAAGUCGAUUCUGUCGCGCAAUCCAGAGCUCAUUAAAGCUAUCAUCUUUAAAGACAAGCUAAAAGCGAGCGAUAGAAAAAACCUAAGCAACAUCAUGGCGGAUCUCCGUCAAUGUCUAUGUCACCCAUUCUGUUUCAGCGCUAACGUUGAAGACAAGAAUGUUGAUGAAGAGCAAAUGCGACGGAACCUAAUUGAGGCUUCGCCAAAGUUUAUGCUGCUGGAGAAAAUGCUUCCGAAGCUCAAAGCAGGGGGUCAUCGCGUAUUGAUAUUUAGUCAAUUCUUGCGAUGCUUGGACAUCAUCGAAGACUUCCUCAACAUACUAGGCCUUCCAUUUGGACGGAUCGACGGAUCCUUGAGCGCUCUCAAGAAGCAGAGGCAGAUCGAUACGUUUAACGCUCCAAACUCGCCUCUAUUCGCAAUGCUACUAUCCACCCGGGCUGGCGGUGUCGGUAUUAAUCUCGCUACAGCGGAUACCGUUAUCAUAUAUGAUCCGGAUUGGAAUCCGCACCAAGAUAUACAAGCUAUAUCUCGCGCUCAUCGAAUUGGACAGAAGGAGAAAGUUCUCUGUUUUCAACUGACGACAAAAGAUACCGUCGAAGAGAACAUCUUGCAGGCAGGGAAAAAGAAGAUGGCUCUCGAUCAUGCUCUCAUCGAGAGUUUGGAUGCUGAUAACGACAAUAGUGGCGAUCUGGAGUCGAUCAUAAAACGCGGCACAGAAUCUCUAUUUAGUGACAAAGAUAAAGCCAAGAUUACGUAUGACUCGGCAGCAGUUGACAAAUUACUAGACAGGAGCCAACUCGAUAAUGAAAAUACGGAUAAUCAGACGAUCGAAAACCAGUUCUCGAUCGCGCGUGUCUGGGCUAAUGAAUCGGGCGCAUUUACUGACGGUCCGGCGGAGGUUGCUGAUGAGGACCAGCCGUCGAAUACGAGUGUAUGGGAGAACAUUCUUAAAGCACGAGAGGAAGAGCAUUUACGAGAACUCGCGGCAAAACAGGAAGUAUAUGGUCGUGGUGCUAGACGCCGUGGUACUCAGGCUGUGGACUAUAACGGUGCUAGAGUACGUUACAUUGAGGGAGUUAAUGACCCCGAUGAACAGUCCUUAAUAGAAGAACAGCGCCCAGAUCCAGAUAGCGGCGGCUCCGAUGUUGACGGCGAAGACGAACUUUACAUCGAUAACGGCGUAGAGGAUGAUGAUGACGAGGCCUACGAGGAAGAGAGAGAAUUAGGGUCCGCGACGAAGGGCAAAGGAGCCAAAGUAACGUGGCACAGCCAAGGCCUGGAGAUGGCCAGAAACCUCUCUACUAACGCGCUAAGCCCGUCACGAGGAGCUCGUCAGAACGUCAACGCAGCCCAGGCAGUACCGGUGAUGCCCAGUCUCCGUCAAAGUCAGAUGCAGGGUCCACCAGCCACAGCCAACCGACCCGCACCGGAGGUAGGAAACUUGUCCUUGUCUUCGAUGAACCCCCCGCAAACUCGAGCUCCCCCUCAGGCUCGGGCUCCUCCUCAGGUUCGAGCUCCCCACAAGGUUCGAGCUCCUACCCAAGCUUCAGUCCCGCCGAUUGAAAAUUUUAGUAAUCGAUUUAGGGUCCCGAUCGCUCGUCGCGAACAAUCCUCUCUUGCUAACAAUUCUCGUGCGCCCACGGGCGUUCUUCCGGCUGUGCGACCUGAAAAUAUUUUAAGAUCAAACCCGGCCGUUGGAGGAUCAAAUCGCAACAAUUUACUGCAUACUUCUCUUAGUGGCCCACCAGCCUGCCCUGUAGGCAGAGAUGGCGUUUGUAUGGUCUGCAAGACUAAGCACCCUUUCAACUUUGUUUGCAUAGAUUUCAACUCGGAAAUCUCAUUACGACUCGCCAUCGACACUCUGAGAACUGGCGCAUCUCUCCCUCACGCUCAAGUAUACAGGGCAUACCUCAUUGAGCGUCUACGACAACUCUCAGGUCAAUGAGAGGGAUAUCAACGUGAGACUCACAGGCUCACGGACCCACGGUCCAAAUAUUGGCGAAGAAAAACUCUUCAUGCACUGGCCCACAGCUAGUUGCAUAGGUACCUACUCAUUACUAUUGCGAAAUAGUAAAUAAGGGGCAUCAAUCUGAUGCUAGCUACCUGCUAUACCAUGGCAUUGCCUUUAAUACUUAACUUAGCUAGUCGAACUCAUGUAGCUCAAUUGUAUUUCGCGCAGAAUCAAGCAAAAAAAUAAAAGAAAACCGAAAAAAAAAUCAAGUCAGUUAGGUAGACAGUCUUCUCAUCGUUGAUUUGCGGUCAAGACAUUUUGAAGUGUAUUCCAGGUUGUCCAACAGUUAUACAGGCCGUUUGUCACGUGGGAAACACAAGACAAGAACUGCAGGUAACCGUGGAAUGCAUUCAACCUUAUUUGAGGUCCAGCAAACGAGAGAGAUAAUAAUAAUAAUAAAAAUAAUUAGUUAUGCGAGUUAGGGAAGUUGUGUGCGGUAAAGGUCUCAUGGAUGUGUGUCUGUGUCAAGCUUUGCCCGGCAGAAAAUAAGUCCUGAGCCUCUAGGCAGUCUAUUAAAAGACCACCGUCACUUCUUGUCAACACUACUACUUUACUUAGCUUAUAUCAACUUACCUUUCCUAAAAAAAAAAAAGUUACCAAUAAUAAAUAACUCUUUAGGAACUAAUAAC